UGAACGUUCGAUACUAUAUAACACAAAAUCUCAAUAACAUAAAUUGUUAUGUCAAACAUUUUCCCUAAUUUCUACUAAAACAUUUAUUCUUGUGAGUUAUCAUUUUCAUUGUGUUACUAGAAAAGAUUUAAUUUCAUUGGUUUCCUAGCAGCUAUAAUAAUAUUAAAAUGUUCACUAUCAUUUUCUGAAAAUGGCUGAAUUUAAAGUACCGCAUAAGCGGUAUCGAAGAGAUGAUGAUGAAUCAAACUCAGACGAUGAUUAUGUGCCAUAUGUACCUGUUAGGGAGCGUAAAAAACAGGAACUAUUGAGAUUGGGCCGAUUAUCUAAGCUUAAAGAAGAGUCGAAUAAGAAAGUAAAAUCUUCGAGUGAUGAAUUUGACGAAGAAGAUGGCGAAGGACAAGUCUGGGGUCGAAAAUCUAAUAUCAGUCUCUUGGAUCAGCACACUGAACUCAAAAAACUUGCUGAAGCUAAAAAAGAAAGCGAAAUGGAAAAACAACUCAAAGAAGAAGAAAAAAUUUUAGAAAGUGUCGCUGAAAAGAAAGCACUUAUGGGUGUUGCUGAAUUAGCCAAGGGUAUACAAUAUGAUGAUCCUAUUAAAACUAGCUGGAAACCUCCUCGAUACAUAUUAGCAAUGACGGAAGACCGACAUGAACAAGUACGUCGUAAAUUACACAUUUUAGUCGAGGGCGAAGACAUACCACCUCCACUUAAAUUUUUUAAAGAAAUGAAAUUCAAUAGAGGUAUAUUAGCAGGUCUGGUAGAAAAAGGUAUUAAGAAACCAACACCGAUUCAAAUCCAAGGAAUACCUACAGUGUUAUCUGGACGGGAUAUGAUAGGUAUAGCAUUCACGGGAAGCGGUAAAACAUUAGUUUUCGUCUUGCCUCUUUUGAUGUUCUGUCUUGAACAAGAAAUAAAAUUACCUUUUAAACCCAAUGAAGGACCUUACGGACUUAUUAUAUGUCCGUCGAGAGAAUUGGCUAAACAGACAUUUGAUAUAAUUAAUCAUUACAUCACGCAUCUACAAAGAGCAAACUUUCCUAAACUCAGAUCUUGUUUGGCAAUUGGUGGCGUUCCUGUUUUCGAAUCCCUGGACGUUAUCAAAAGGGGAGUGCAUAUAAUGGUUGCAACACCUGGUAGACUUAUGGACAUGUUAGAUAAAAAAAUGAUUAACUUGGACGUAUGCAGGUAUUUGUGUAUGGACGAAGCUGAUCGUAUGAUCGACAUGGGUUUCGAAGAAGAUGUCAGAACUAUAUUUUCGUUCUUCCAAGGUCAAAGACAAACUCUUUUGUUCUCCGCCACUAUGCCGAAAAAAAUUCAAAAUUUUGCUCGGUCAGCCCUCGUCAAACCAAUCUCUAUCAACGUCGGCAGAGCUGGUGCGGCUUCUAUGAAUGUCAUUCAAGAAGUCGAGUAUGUGAAACAAGAAGCUAAAGUGGUUUACCUUUUGGAAUGUCUGAAAAAGACAAUGCCGCCAGUUUUAAUUUUUGCCGAAAAGAAACAAGACGUCGACGCUAUACAUGAAUACUUAUUGCUCAAAGGAGUUGAAGCUGUAGCCAUUCAUGGAGGAAAAGAUCAAGAAGAACGUUCAAAAUCGGUCGAGGCAUUCAGGAAAGGCCAAAAAGACGUGCUGGUUGCGACAGACGUCGCUUCUAAAGGUUUGGAUUUUGCAGAUAUACAGCAUGUAAUUAAUUACGAUAUGCCCGACGAUGUUGAGAAUUAUGUGCACAGAAUUGGUCGUACGGGUCGUUCUGGUAAGAGAGGAAUAGCCACAACGUUUAUUAAUAAAGGAAAUGAUGAGUCUGUUCUACUUGACUUAAAACAUUUAUUAAUCGAAGCUCGACAGACUGUGCCAUUAUUCUUAGCGGAAUUAGAAUCAGAAAAUGAAAAAUACUUGCAACUUGGAGAUGAAAGAGGUUGCAGCUAUUGUGGUGGUUUGGGUCACAGAAUUACAGAUUGUCCAAAGCUAGAAGCAAUACAAACCAAACAGGCUUCCAAUAUUGGCCGGCGAGAUUAUUUGGCCGACAAUGCAGCGGAUUAUUAGUAAUUUCAUUAAAUAAAAAAAAAAAGAUUAUUACUAUUUUUUUACAUUAUAAAAUAAAAAAUGACAACAAAACUAUUGACUGGAACGCAUAAAUACGUUCUACUUAUUUUUUUUUAAUCAAUAUAAAGAAUAAUGUAAUGUGCAACAUUUUUGUUUGUAAAUAAUACAUUUAUUAUUUAAAUGAUUAAGAAGUGAGGGAUUCGCUAUUAUAAAUAAUUACUAUUGAUAAUUUGUGGAUGUUCAUAUUAUUUACUAU